CUCGAAAUAAAGCAAAGGGAAGAAGAAUGUGAUUCCUAAGCUCUUUUUGUCUUUAUCAAUGAUUUCUUUUUAAGGUUUGCACUUUAUCAUUCAACUGUCACUCACGUUCCCUUCCCUUCUCUUUUUCAUAUUCAUCUUCCUCUUUUUUCUGUGACUUCAAGCUCUGUUUUUCAUGGAGUCAUUGGCAAUUAAUCAAGUGGUUUCCUGUAAGCUACCCAUUAAUUUAAUCCCACAGGAUUUUAUGUUUAGACCCAGGCGCGAAGUGGGUUUCGGUUCUUUGUGGAGGGGAAGCAUCAGAAGUAAUGGGUUUUUGAGGGUUCUGAAGAAGGAGGGUGGAGGUGGUGGCUAUGGAGGGGUGUUUGGUGGGUCCAAGGACGAGGAUCGUGACUCUAAUGCUGAGGAAAAUGAGAAGGGUAUUUUCCUGGGUAUGGAGAGGGACGGUUCUGGUUCUGUCAUUGGAUUAAAUCUGGGGUCUCAUCAUUCUGAAAUUUCAGGGGGCACUGAAGUCAUUAAUUCUCAUGAAGUUACAGCUAUUGAUAUGGAAGAGGAAUACGAGGAAAUUGAAGAAGAUAUUUUCAAGACCAAAGUAACGUACAAUGUUGUUUUUGUCACUGCUGAAGCAGCACCUUAUUCAAAGACGGGUGGAUUAGGAGAUGUUUGUGGUUCUUUGCCCAUAGCACUAGCUCGUCGUGGACAUAGAGUCAUGGUUGUCUCUCCUCGUUACCUUAAUGGUACUCAUUCAGAAAAGAACUUUUCUGGUGCUUGUGAUUUAAAUCAGUGCAUCAUGGUAUUUUGCUUUGGAGGAGCACAAGAGGUUGCAUUCUUUCAUGAGUAUAGGGACGGGGUUGAUUGGGUAUUUGUGGACCAUCCUUCAUACCACAGACCUGGAAAUCCUUAUGGUGAUAGUCAUGGUUGUUUUGGAGAUAACCAGUUUCGGUUCACUUUACUUUGUCAUGCUGCAUGUGAAGCUCCUUUGGUGCUUCCACUGGGAGGGUGUACCUAUGGAGAGAAAUGUCUCUUCCUUGUCAAUGAUUGGCAUGCUGGUCUAGUGCCAGUGCUUCUGGCAUCCAAAUAUCGUCCAUUUGGAGUUUAUAGGGAAGCUCGAAGCAUUCUUGUAAUUCAUAACCUCGCUCAUCAGGGAGUGGAACCUGCAGCAAGUUACAAAAAUUUGGGAUUGGCUCCUGAGUGGUAUGGGGCACUUGGAUGGGUGUUCCCUCCAUGGGCAAGGACACAUGCUCUUGACCCAGGUGAGGCUGUCAAUAUUUUGAAGGGUGCAGUUGUUACAGCUGACCGCUUACUGACCGUUAGUGAGGGCUAUUCAUGGGAAAUAACAACUGUUGACGGUGGAUAUGGCUUGCAUGAUCUAUUAAGCAAUCGAAAGAGUGUUCUCAAUGGGAUUACAAAUGGCAUUGAUGUUGUUGAAUGGGACCCAUCAUUAGACGAGCAUAUUGCUUCCCAUUACACUGCUGAUGAUCUCUCUGGAAAGGUUCAAUGCAAGAUUUCUCUACAAAAGGAACUAGGUCUUCCUGUAAGGCCUGAAGUUCCCUUGAUUGGAUUUAUUGGAAGACUGGACUACCAGAAAGGAAUUGACCUGAUACGUUUGGCAACUCCAGAGCUCAUGCAAGAUGAUGUCCAAUUUGUAAUGCUUGGCUCUGGGGACCCACAGUAUGAAGACUGGAUGAGAACGGCUGAAUCAGAUUACACAGACAAAUUUCGGGGUUGGGUUGGAUUUAAUGUUCCAAUUUCUCACAGGAUCACUGCAGGUUGUGACAUACUGUUGAUGCCCUCAAGAUUCGAACCCUGUGGGUUAAAUCAGUUGUAUGCAAUGAGAUAUGGUACCAUACCAGUAGUUCAUGCCACAGGAGGACUUCGAGAUACGGUUCAGAAUUUCAAUCCAUAUGCUGAACAAGUUAGCGGUGAAGAAGGUACAGGGUGGUUGUUCUCUCCACUGACAAAAGAAAGCAUGGUGGGGGCGGUGAAGACUGCAAUACUGACCUACAGAGAACAUAAAGAAUCUUGGGAAGGAUUGAUGAGGAGAGGGAUGAAGAGGGACUUUACAUGGGAAAGUGCUGCCAAACAAUACGAGCAGGUUUUUGAAUGGGCCUUCAUCGAUCCUCCAUACUGUUAGCUGAUGAAACCGAGGCUGAGAUUCUGAAGGGAUGAAACGGAGUAAGGGAGGAUGUCAUUAUGCAUGGAGUGGUGACGGUUAUUUCUAGAACCUUUGGAGAAAGAAAAAGAAAAAUGAAAGAGAGAUUCAACAACACGUUUGAUAAAACAAAUAGUUUUUAAUUGUUUCCAUGCAGACAUGAGAAACAAUAAAAAAUGGCUAAAUUAAAAUGCAGUUGAAGUCAUUUGGCUAUUGAUUUGAGCAAGAAUAACUAUAUAGUUUUGGCGUUCUCAGGAGCUUCUUUGAACUCCUGGAGAUUUUUAUAACUUUCUCUAGCUUUCUUUCUUCAUCUUUUCUCCUUAGCCCCUUCUUCCAUCACUCCUCGUUCUUUCUUCUUGCUCUUAUCUUUUCCUUUUUCCUUUUCCUUUUCCCCUUUUCCAAUUUUCUGUCCCUUCUUUUUGCUUUUCCUGUUCUGUUUUUGCCUCUCUUAGAAUUGGGAAAUGGGGAGAUGAGAAAGAAAAAGAAGAAAAAAGAGGAAUACUUUUUUGGGUUUCAUGUAGUCUUAGAUAUCUAUAUAGCCAUGACACAGACAGAAAUGGCUAGCUCGCUUUGAUAUCAUGUAUUCCCUAUCUUUUAUUAAUUAGU